AGCAGCAGCAGCAGCGGCGGCGGCGGAGCGGAGAGCAGCGGAGCGCCGAUCUGAGCGCAGGGGAGCGGCUCACUGUGACCCCGAUCUACGGGGAGAAAAGCAACCGCUGGGCUGGAGACCCCCACGGACGACGACGUCAUAAUUUUUUUUGGGGGGUGUAGGACAGACCGUCGUUUUGCGGCGGUCAGACAGACAGCAACAGUUGUCACGAUGUCUGAGAUCAGAUGAGGCGAGAGCAGCGGAGUGAACAUUGCGGCGCUGUUGUGAUUCGGGCCGAACGUGUUGCUGCCGCGUCCUGCCUACAAUGAUACAGCCGUCUUAACCACCUGGGGCAGCAAGGGGAGUGUGGUGUCGCCUACAUCUACGUGUCAUUCUGGGCUUUCGGCGUCACUCAGCUUGUCAGCCAUCCCCUGGCUGUGUCGAGGUCUGUCUGCGGGUGAGGUGAAUCCAGACGUCAGGGCGGGCUCAUGUUCCGCUCAGCAGGGAAACGGGCUGUUGCGUCUGCAGAGAGUCAGAGCUGACGAGCCUGCUCAGACACACGGACAGACAGGCAGGCAGGCAAGCAGGCCGAGAGACAGACAGGAGCGAGGGGAGGGGGCGACAGCCUGUUUCGGCUCUCUCGACCCUUUGCGGAUCGAGCCGAGCCCCCUCCUGGUAUCCACCCAGAACCCCCACCCACUUGUCUCCCUGCUUUGGAUGGGGGGUAAGCAGAGCACGGCGGGGCGUCCCCGGGGUGCUUUUCCCGGUGUCUCUACUGAUGACAGCGCGGUGCCACCCUCGGCCCACUUCGGCCACUACCGGCCGAGUGGCACCAUGGGCCUGCGGAGUCGCUCGGUGAGCUCCGUGGCUGGGAUGGGCAUUGAUCACAGUGCCGCCGUGCCCUUCGGCUUCUACACCCCGAGAGGGACGGACUCUGAUCGAGCCGGAGGGGGGUCAGGUGGCACUACAGCCGCCCCCCACGGUACUGGCUUCCAGGACACUCGGGGCGGAGGUCACCACACGGACGGGGUACUCUAUUUGGGGUCCCGGGGGUCGCUGGCUGACACCUUGCCCCUGCACAUCGCACCCCGCUGGUUCAGCGCGCACAGCGGAUUCAAGUGUCCUGUCUGCUCCAAGUCUGUGGCGUCCAACGAAAUGGAAGUUCACUUCAUCAUGUGUCUAAGCAAGCCUCGCCUCUCCUACAAUGAUGAUGUGUUGGCGAGGGAUGCCGGUGAGUGUGUGAUUUGUCUAGAGGAACUGCAGCAAGGGGACACCAUAGCCAGACUGCCGUGCCUCUGCAUCUACCACAAAAGCUGUAUAGACUCGUGGUUUGAGAUCAAUCGGUCCUGCCCUGAACACCCCUCUGACUGACUGAUCACCAGGCCCAUUAUGAACACUGUUCAAGGACAUCUUGUGGUCCUGCCAUGGAUAUGUGGACAGACGCAACCGAGUAGGAUAAAAACAAUCAAAGCGAUCAACACAUACUUACCCUGACAGAAUCCAUAAACCUUAUCAAGAUAAUUAUUCCUUGUAAACUGAACCAAAAAAAAACCACCUGACUCUCAAACCAUCGUACAUUUAACGGCCCCCUCCCCGAGUCCCUCUUUACCACUGCUGAAGAGACUGCUUACAUACGCAACUACUCCUGUCCUUGCUUCUCUCCAGACCCCAUUCGAAGGCCAUUAGAGUCCCUUAAAGAGCUUACUUUGCCUCAAAGCCCCCUUCAACCCGAGUGUCCAUUCGCCUCCCUGAAGAGCUCAGGUCCUCGCAGGCCUCCAUCAGCCAGCCUUACAUCUUGUAUCCGGAUCCAGGACUGUCAGUCAAUCAUGUCAAGCAGCCCUCCCAUGGCCUUAACUGUGGAGAUCUGAGGAAGCAGAGCAGGGAGGGAGGCCGGAGAGAAAAGGGGAGGAAAAACCCACACCAAGGAAGACGAUGAGGACAAGAAGGAGAGGGAGGGGGUCAUCGAUGUGUAGAGAACUGUUGAGUUGCUGAGGCUUGUUUUGACAAACAGACUUGUACAUUUUUAGUGGGCCUCUCAUCUCACAACGGGACUCCAACUUGAUGACUUCCUCUAACGGCAGACUGGGUCCUGGUGUCCUUCUUUCUCAAAGUCUCUGCCUCAGUUCGGAGCACCCCCACCCAGACAAAUUGGCGCAUUAUAUUCACUUCGUAAAGUCCCCAAAAUGCUUCUUUGUCCUGGUUUGUGGGCAGGAUGGAGGGUGAAAAAAAUGUAAAAAAAACAAACAAAACAAACAAACUUAGAUGUCAGCUUGCCUCGUGACUAUAGGAUGAAGGGGGUGGUUUGAUGACGGACCUGGGAUUGAGAGGCGCGGUUUGAGCUUGCUCAGUUCUGAUCAGGAGGGGGGGGAAGGGGCCAGAAAUGUAGUGUUUGCUCCUACUGUUUAAUGUGUGUUUGAGAUGCUCCGGUGUCAGGCUUUGUCUGGUAUGUGUAUGUAAAUUAUGUGUGAGCGUGUGUGCGAGCUUGGAACCGUGACAACAUAGCUUUUGCAGAAGCCUACUGUGCGUGAGUGUGAGUGUGUGUGUGAGUGUGAGUGUGUAUGUGUGUGUGUGUGUGUGUGUGUGUGUGUGUGUGUGUGUGUGUGAGAGAGUGAGAGCCAGCGUGAAAGGUCAGUGUAGAGAGCUGACUUGGACAGUGCUAUGUGUGUCUGUGUAUUGAAAUGUUUACAGUCUAGGUGUCCAUGUUCCCUGUGUGUGUGACUGGCAGUCCUCCCUUUACUUUGCUGAUGUUUACAGCUACAGAGAAGCGACAUGACAUAUUGUAAAUUAUACACGUAACCUCUCUGGGUUCUUUCUUUUUAGAUCUGCCAGAUUUUUUCAUGUGAUCAUGAUUAGUCAUUUUCUCGUGAGAGCCUCAAGUGUGUGUGUGUGUGUGUGUGUGAGUGCGUCUCUGUGCAUAUGACUGUGUGUGCAUGUGCGUUUGAGUGUGUGAGUCAAGAGGCCCCUGUUGGUCUAUGCUACUGUCGGUUCCCCACAUUGUGUUUCUGCUAGAGAAGGUCUGGCUGACUGCGAGUGGAGACGUGAGCCACUCAGACCCAAUAAAGGACUCUGUAGUCCCACAGUGGAUCCACUGAACGGGGCUUAUUUAUUCAUUUGUUCAUAUUUAACAAUAUUUGUUUAAUAUUCAAAUCAUGUGAGGUGUUACUCACUCUUCAGAAUGCCAAGAGCUGAUGUAUGACGACUACUACAAAUCAACUUACGAACAAACUGCAUUUACAAAGCUACUGUAAACAAAUGGUGGAAUAAAUUGUGCUAGAUGACAGAC